GGAAAGGUGCUUGCGCUCUUUUUCGUUCAUCAUAUCCACCUUCACAAAGCUCCAGCACCGUUUGGACAUUGAGAAGAAGGGACGUUGUGCCACCGCAUCUGCCCCCCUUCACGCUCGUUUAGUAGCCUUUCGGUGCUCUCUGCCUUUGGCGCUCUGCACACCAUGUUCCCCGCAGGCGCCAUGUACGCGGAUAUGUACCGCGCCCAGGCCAACUCCGCAUCGGCGCGACCGAAGGAGGAGACCCCCGCCGCGCCGGUGUACAACGCAUUUGAGGACCCGCAGAAGCUCUACGACGGACCCUACAGCCAGCAGGCUCCACUGCUGCCACCGCAGCUACCGACACCUAUGCAGCAGCAGCAGCAAGGCUCCGCCUCCGGCUACGCUCCGCAGCUCGGCGGCAACGGUUACGAGCAGCCGCAAACCUAUCCGGCAGCGCCGUACAGCCAGGCCAACCCAUACGGGAACGCCUACCCUGCUCUACCGCCCCAGCAGCGGCAGCAACAGGGCUAUCCAGCGGCCGCACCACCUGUCGCUGCCUAUCCUCCUCCACAGCAGCAACCGCCGCAGCAGGCCGGGUAUGCCGCCUACCCGCCGCAGCAGCCGCAACAACCCCCUGCCCCACAGCCGGGAUACCAGUACGGACAGGUCCAGCAGCAGCCUCAGCCACCGCAGUCGGGACCCUACUACGGCAACGCAGCUAGUGCUCUCCAGCAGAACCCCGAUGUGAUUCGCGUAACACCAGUGCAGAUGCGCAAAGGCAGCAAAUCCAAUAACCUCUACGACCACGCCAGCGUGCCGCGAAUUAUGCCACAAGACAUUGAGGAUGAUCUGCAGCAGCGCAUGCCUGCGCCUGCGCACAUCACCCCGGUGAGCCGCCUCUCGGUGCGACCCACCAUGAAUACCUUUCCGCAGACGCAGCAGCUCGCGGAUCAGCUGGAUCUGCCCAUUGGCAUCAACUUCCGCCCCUUUGCAGAGCAGCACUUGAACGAGGUGGACUUUUCCGACAAGGGCAAUGCGAUGGUCCGCUGCAAGUCGUGCGGGGCCUACAUUAACCCCUACACAACCUUCACGGAGUCCAACGACGGUUCGCGCUGGCACUGCAUCCUGUGCAGGCACGUCAACGUCACGUCGCGCGCGUACUUCAGCCGCAUCGACCCGCAGACGGGGCAGCGCGAGGAUUUGAUGAGCCGGCCGGAGCUGCUGCACGCCAGCGUGGACUUCUACGCCACCCCGGAGUUCAUGAAGCGUCCACCGCGCCGUCCUACCUUCCUGCUCAUGCUGGACUGCUCCUACUCCGCGGUGGCCUCCGGGCUGCUGCAGGCGAUGUGCGACGGCGCGCUCGCCGCGCUGGAGUCGAUGAAGAACGACGACGCGGUGUACAUGGGCAUUGUGGGCUACGACGGCACCGUGUACUUUUUCAACGUCCGCGCCACGCUCAGCGCCCCGCGCAUGAUGGCGUCGCCGGACACGGUGAAGGACAUUGCAAACGUGAACGAUGACUUCCGACUGGAGAAGGUGGAGCUGCCGUGCCCGGUGGCGGACCUGGUGGUGUCGGUGAAGGACUCGCACAACCUGCUGCGUGUGGUGCUCGAGUCCCUCCCAAAGAUGUUCGCCAGCACAAAAGAAGUCGGAUGCGCUUUUGGUCCUGCCUUGGCAGCUGCUGUGACCAUGCUCGACAUCAACGGCGGAAAGAUUCUCGCCAGCAUCACCAACAUCCCGUCCGACGGCGACGGCAAGCUAAGUCACCGCUUCGACGUUAGCAAAAUGUCGAACCAACCGAAGGAGUACACCAUGUGCGCGGCUGCAAGUGACUGGUACAAGCAGCGCGCCUUGGCCUGCUCGAACAGCGCCACCUCCGUCGAUCUCUUCGUGGGGGCGAACAACGACGUCGAUCUGACGACGAUCGCACCCCUCUCCCGCUUUACCUCCGGCUCCAUUUAUCGCGCGACGGGCGUGACGAUGAGCGGGAUGGCGGACCAGGUGCAGCGUGCGUUGCUGCGCUUCACCGCCUUUGACUGCACGCUGCGUGUGCGCACGUCGAAGGGGCUCAUUGUGCCGAACUUUUACGGGCACUGCCACGUGCGUGUGCCGGACCUUUUGGUGCUGCCGAUUGCAGACGAGGACUCCAGCUACUCGAUUGAGUUUAAGAUGGGCUCGAACUACACGGCGAAGUUUGCCUACGUGCAGUUCGCCGUCGUCUACACCACCCGCUCGCGUGAGCGCCGCAUCCGUGUCCACACAAUUCAGAUCCCUGUCACGUCCACCCUCGGCCCGGUGGUGAACUCGAUCAGCGGCCUCGGCAUGUCCUGCUUCCUGACGAAGAUGUGCGUGGACCUCGCCGUGAACGGGCCUUUUCAGCAGGCGCAGCAGAAGAUCACGGACAAGUUGACGACCGCCUGGAAGGCCGCCUUGAAGCAGAUCGAGUCCCAAGGCAUGCGGCCAGCGUCGGAGAUGCUGUUGAUCCCGGAGAGCAUGCGCUUUAUUCCUCAGCUGCUCAGCGGCUUCUUCCGCUACCCCGCAACCGGUCUCGCCACGGUGCGUCCCCUCCCCCCCGAUGAACGCGUCGCUGCGAUGUCCUUCGUCAUGUCCGCGCCGAUAGAGUCGAUGGUAGCCUCCUACGUGACGUGGACCUACCUCGUCUACGCACCCGAGGAGGACAUCAAUCAGCUGCCCGCCUGCGUCUUCUCCUCCGAGAGCUGCGUGAAUCGCGAGAGCGUGUACCUGAUCAACGUGGGGAGCGUCAUUGUGUUGUGGUUUGGUAAGAAGGUGCAUCCUACCGUGUGCCGCCUCUUUGGCAACGAGCAGCCCGACGCCGCGGCGGAGGGGCAGGAGCAGGUGAAUGCCUCACCCGAGCAGCUGGAGGCGCUGCGGCAGCGCGUGGAGGACCUCGUUUGGGUGCACCGCCAGCUCAACCGCAGCGUGUUUACGGCGAAGGCGGAGUUGUGCGUGCAAGGCAACGUGACGUACGAGCCGUCGAUGAAGCGGGCCAUGCUCGAGGACAAUUCGCAUGCGUUAGUCAGCUACGGAUCGUACCUCCGCAAAGUGUGGGAUAAGGUGUUGAGUCUCAAGUAG